AUGGCCUUCAACUUCAUUCGCGCCUGGCUCGAGACCAUCUUCCUGUCGCCAUAUCGCCUGCUGCGCGCAUUGCUACCUGCGAGCGCAUAUCCCACCAACCCCAAGGCAAAAGGCGUCAGGGAAAGAAUGCCGAAAUACUACCACGACGACGAGGCAUGGGCGGACAUUGAGCCACUUCCCCAGGAUGACGGCGGCCUGCAUCCGCUCGCUGCCAUCGCAUACACGGAGGAGUACAGCGAGGCCAUGGGCUACCUGCGCGCCGUCAUGGCAAAGAACGAGUUCAGCGAGCGGGUGCUCGGCCUCACGGAGCACAUCAUCAGCAUGAACCCCGCGCACUACACUGUCUGGCUCUACCGCGCCAAAACCAUCUCUGAGAUUGGUCGAUCACUGAAGGAUGAAAUCGCAUGGCUCAACCCGACCGCACUGAAGCACCUCAAGAACUACCAGAUCUGGCACCACCGACACACCAUCAUCGACGAGCUCGGCUCAUGCGAGGGCGAACCAGAGUUCAUAAACUCCAUGUUGGAAUUGGACUCCAAGAACUACCAUGUGUGGAGUUACAGGCAAUGGCUGGUCAAGCGCUUCGAUCUCUUUGACAAGCCCGAAGAGCUCGAGUGGACACACAGCAUGAUCGAGGAAGAUGUGCGCAACAACUCUGCCUGGAACCAUCGCUACUACCUAGUCGUUGGCGGUAGAGAGGAGAAGCCAAGCGCAGAUCUUGUGAAUCGGGAGAUAGAGUACACCAAAGCAGCCAUCCGGAAAGCGCCCCAGAACCAGAGCCCAUGGAACUAUGUCUUGGGUAUCAUUCGCGCAGCGGAACUUCCCAAGUCGACCCUCAAGGACUUCGCGGGUGAAUUCGCUGAUGUGCAGAGGCCAGACGACGUCCACUCAAGCCACGCUCUUGAUCUCCUAGCCGACAUCUAUGCGGAAGAAGAGAACAGCAAAGAAAAUGCGGAGAAAGCCCUGGAGCUGUUGGCGACAAAGUACGAUCCGAUCCGAGCAAACUACUGGAACUUUAGGAAAGGCCUCCUCGAUCAACCAAAGGUUGCUGCGUAA